AUGACCACCGUCCUCAAGAGUUGCUUUUGGCCACACGCGCUGAGUCACGCCCACUCUCAUCGAUACCUAAUCACCUAUACCCUUAAGCGCCGCGCAGCUGCAACCUUUUCCACCAACGCCGACCCAAAUAUCAUUCCGCCGUGGAUGCGUCCUCUGCGAGACAUCGACGAAACCCUCUUGGAGCCUGUAGCAUUAAAGAAAGGAGCUGCCCGCUGGGGCUUCGCGUUAUUCCGAUGUAACUAUGAUGACAAGUACACCUCCAACUGGAAGCGGAUGGUUGGUCUCCUCGACGAAACGGUGAGGAGAAGCCUCGAGCUCGAGGAACCGGAUCGACUGGAUUUGCUCCCGACACAUCAACUUUCCAUAAUUGAGGACCCGGUCAGGUUGGAUGGGGCUUCGUCCCAUGUCGUUCGAGAUGCGUUCACGCAGUGGACUGAGAAGGAGCUCGCGCGCAUCCUGGAACACCCGAUGCCAACGAAACGAACUGAUGGCAUGCAAGACAUCAUGGGUCCGCGGUUCAACUUCUGCAUCUUCGUCGACGACAUCUGUCUCGAGUCCCUAGACGAGACGCCAGGUCGACCCGUCGUCAAAAUGCUCAUCAGAGACUGGGAGAAGCCAGCAGACCCCAUGGAUGUAUUAGGGCCGUACAAAGAUCCCAUCUACAGACUCUGUGAUGACCAUGGCUAUGAGGACGGUGUGUCGGAUGAUCCCGGUGAGGAUGUUGGCUGGAUGUACAUCCAGGUGUGCAACUACGUCGAGUAUUUCAACCGGUUUGUGUUGACGCCCAAUUGGGAUGUUUGGUAUAGGAGGCCCCCGGGGCUGGAGAAUUGGGGGUCAAGGGUUAUGUUGCCUGGUGGGUGGAGGAAGAAAGCUUGA